GAUCAAAAUUCAUCUAGUGGAAUUUUGUAAAUUUUUCUUUGCAUGUUUCUGAAUUUUGUUGUGAUUCUGGGUUUUCGAAAAAAGGUGGUGUUUGAUGGUUGCGGGGGCGUGGCUUUUGUUUUUGCUUGAUCACUAGUCAAUUUUUUUGUUGAAUUCAGAGGGGUGUCAAUGAAAUUGAUAGUAUUUUCCAUUGGUUGUGUUGUGUUUCUUUAUCUUUUUAAGGAUAUUUUGUUCUACUUAGUAGAGAUUGUUGGGUUAUGGGGUUUGCUUUCCAUGUAUUAAGUUUUCUGAUAUGACGAUUAUGAUCUGUUUCAACCUAUAGCAAAUAAGGUUACAUAAUAUAACCGAUGGAGUGAAUUUGGGGGGAAGUUUUCCUGUGAUUUCACUUUUUUUCUUAGGGUUGACCAAUAUGGCAUUAAAAUUGAAGUUUCAAUGAAUAACUUGGUUACAAAGAAAAUUGCUUCUAUGUGGCUCAAAUUUCAGUACCCUUCACGAUUGGUUGCUUUGAGCUUUCUUUUAUUCUUGAUUGGGAUUCCAAUCCAUCCUUUGUUGUUUCCUUGCCCAAUUUUGUUAUAUUGUUAAAACUCAAAUAUAUUGUAUUGCUUGCCACAAGAUCAGUGCACAUUGUUGAUCUAUUGAAGAAUAUUUUAUAAUAUAGGCAUCCUUUAUGGACUAUAAUGGCAUAUGACUUAGGGAUUUGCAGCUUCAUGUUUGAAAACUUACCUUGUUGUAGAGAAACUCUUUGAACUGUCUAAAUUUGAGACAUCGGAAGAAAUUUUUUGUCAGGAAUAGGAUUCAUUUCCCCCUUUCAUGAGUAGGGGAAAUUCCUUUUGCAAAUAGUAUGAUUUAUCAGUAUCAUCCUUCCUGUAACGUAUAAUGGUUGAAAAUUUUCAUUUAUGCCUGAAAAGUUGGUUAUUUUGGCUUAGUUUUAUCAAAGGGAUGCUUUUUAAAGUUAUACACUAAAUGAAGGAGGAAUCAAAAUGUGCAAUUUCCUUUCAUUUUAACUGUUAGGUUUGUAUUUGCUAAUAGCUCCCAUCAAAGGCCCAAAAAUGGGUACCAUCGUUGAAGCAGAUAACACAUAUACCAAGAUCCUAGGAAGAUGGCCAGUCUUUUAUUAUGGCAUGGGACACAUGCUCAAUGACAUAACUGCUGCUUGUUGGUUCACAUAUUUAUUAUUGUUCUUGACAGAUAUUGGACUUUCACCAAGGAAUGCAGCUGUUGUGAUGCUUUCUGGUCAAGUGGCUGAUGGAUUUGUCACCAUAUUUGUUGGUGAACUGAUAGACAGGUUUGGACACUUCAAGAUAUGGCAUGGUGCUGGAUCUUUAUUGGUGGCAAUUUCAUUUUCUUCUGUUUUUGGUGGUUGUUUACCAUGCAAACUGUUUAGUUCCAAUUCAGGUACUUUUGAAACUUUGAGUUACAGCAUGUAUGCAGCAAUCUUCAAUGUGGGCUGGGCCGCUACUCAGGUUUCACACAUGUCCAUGGUGAGUUGCAUCACGCUGAACUCUACAAGCAGAGUGGCACUGGCUAGCUGUCGCAAUGCUUUUACCAUGGUUGCCAACCUGAGCCUGUAUGCAGUUGCAUUGAUAGUAUUCAGUGUCAUCAAUGGAAAAACACAUGAUGAUGUUGAAAAUCAGUACCGCUGGAUUGCAUAUCUGUCAAUUUUUAUUGGAUGUUGCUUUGUGGGCGUAUUUCAUCUUGCAACCAAAGAGCCCAGAUUGAAGGUGGGUGUACAUGGAAUGGUUCAUGCAAGGAUUUCAUGGGAUUACUGGUUCAAGAGAAUUCUAUAUUAUCAGGUUGCUCUUGUUUAUGUUCUUACAAGAUUGGUUCUCAACGUUUCACAGGCAUACCUUGCUUUCUUUGUCAUCAAUGACCUACAAAUGGCCCAAUCAGCCAAAGCUUUGGUUCCUGCUCUCAUAUACAUCUGCAGCUUUGUUGUGUCUAUAGCAUUACAGGAGAUUGCAUGGACUGGCCGAAUGCUUAAGGCCUACUACUCUGCUGGAUGCAUUCUUUGGAUUUUUUGUGGUGCAGUGAUCCUUCUUUUAACCACAAAUAUGAGUUAUGUCAUGUACAUAGUAUCGGUAUUCAUUGGCAUAGCAAAUGCUCUCAUGAUGGUAACUGGAGUAAGCAUGCAGAAUUUUCUCAUUGGAGAGAACCUUAAUGGUUGUGCAUUUGUUGUUGGAUCAUUGAGUUUUUUGGACAAAAUUUCAUGUGGGCUUGCUUUAUAUGUUCUUCAGUCAAACCAAAAUCUCUCUCCGCAGCUCCAGGCAACAACCCAAUUCCCCUUUUCUGUUACAAGGAUUGGUUUGGGUCUUGUUCCUGCAUUUUGUGCACUAGUUGGGGUGGUAGUGACUUGCACCAUGGAUUUCCACAAUCCUUCAAAGUCUUUGACGGCACCACUAUUAGCCUAGCUGUGUCAUUGAUCAUAAUUAUUCUCCUUUCUCUAACAUACAAAGGUAAAUGGUUAUAUCAUACUUGGAGAAAUUUCAGCUGCUCGGACCCAUUGGAAAAUUCAAGCAGCAAGUAGUACUGAGAAUAUUCACUUUAUAGUUUAUAUAUAUGUAUAAUCUUGUAUAUUUAUUGAAUUAUUAAUUGUUACAAAUAUUAUAUGUCAAAUGUAUAUAACGUGUCCACAUUUUAUUAAAAUGUAACAUUCACAGUUUCGUGAACUUCUCGUUGACGAUCUGAGAAAUGGAAAAUAGUUACUAUGAA